AUGUGCGUCAUCAAUGGCUUAUCGUUUGGGUAUCUGGCAUAUCACGCCCCGGGAGGAUCCCUUCUUCGCUAUCUAUACAUCCUCGCCGCUUCAGCGACCGCGUCAGGCGUGCCUUACGCGUUGACCUUUCUGCGUCGAACCAAUGGUGCCCUGUCUCGAAAGGCCGAUCGUUUGGCAGGGCCUGGCGGUGGAGAGAUGGCGUUAACGUAUGCUUUCAACGAGGAGCGCAGCAUCGAGAGAGAUAGGAAGAUGAGCACCGAGGAGGCCAUUAAGCGGUGGCAAUGGCACAAUUACGUGAGGACUUGGGUCUUGGUGCUGGGUGUGGUCGCUGGGGCCUGGGCUGUGGCUAUGGACUGA